AGGGUCACGUGAGUGUCAGUCACCACAGGUACUGAGCUGCGCUUGGGGCCGGCCAGGUGUGCCCGCCCUGCCCUGCGUCUCUCCUGCUUAGGAACAGACACGCCACGAGAGACUGGAGAAGAGCGAGGCGAGGGACAGGAAGGUCAUCCCGAUCCCAACCUCACUCCCCUGGAACGUCCGGGCGCGGCGAUUGCAGGGGACCAGGACAGCACGGCCACACUGCCUGGGGCUCCGCCGCGCAUUCGCGCUGCACCGAGGCGACUCCCAGGCGCGGCGGGCUCGAGGUCCCAGACAAGGGAGAGGUUCCCGUGCGAGCCUGGGGCGCGCGGCCUCGCGGAUGCAUUGCAACUUCUCUACGGAGCCGCGCUCCCGUCCUGCGCGCUCCCGCUUACCCUGUCCCCCCCCCCCCUUUUUCCCCCUCUCUCCACCACUCCUCUUCCUUUUAUUCUCUCGCUUCUAGGCCGAUGUGUUUAAGUUGCCUUCUGGACAGUCCCAGCUGUGAUGCUGAAGAGCUCCGAGCCAGUGCUCGGCCGAGCCUCCGGUUAGGAUCCCCGGCAGAGACCGCCCCCGACCCUGCGCUGACAUUAUUCUGCACAGCUCAACGGCUACUAGCGUCUCCGCUGCUCUAGUUGUGGCCGCUCUGCUUCCCCUAGGGACUGGGGUCGUGGCAGACUGCCCACGCGCCGGGGAUCUGCACGCCUGGGGCCUGGACUCCCUUCAGAGACUCACACAAAGUGGUGAGUCCUGCCAAGGGCAAAGGAUGCUACCUACUGACUUCACUCCCGCCCCUUUCAUGUAUGUAACAUAUUGAGAGAGUCGUGAGGAACAACAAGGAGAAACUGCCAUGAUUUACCAAGACAAGAAGUAAUCCUCGGGCAUCACAAGAUGAUUCAGGAUGGAUCCUGAAGCUGCCCAGCUAGAGAAACGGCACGUACAUGAUGUGUAUGAGAGCACCGCCCCCUACUUCAGCGACCUGCAGAGCAAAGCUUGGCCGCGAGUCCGCCAGUUCCUGCAGGACCAGAAACCAGGCAGCCUCAUCGCUGACAUUGGUUGUGGAACUGGAAAGUACCUUAAAGUGAAUAGCCAAGCCCAUACCCUGGGCUGUGACUACUGCGGGCCUCUGGUCGAGAUUGCCCGGAACAGAGGGGGUGAAGUCAUGAUAUGUGACAACCUUAAUCUCCCUUUUAGGGACCAGGGCUUCGAUGCCAUCAUCUCCAUAGGAGUCAUCCAUCAUUUUUCUACAAAACAAAGAAGAAUUAGAGCAAUAAAGGAAAUGGCCAGGGUGUUAGCUCCCGGAGGCCAACUGAUGAUUUACGUCUGGGCAAUGGAACAGAAGAACCGACGCUUCGAGAAGCAGGAUGUGCUUGUGCCGUGGAACAAUGCACUCUGCUCCCGGCUGCUCUCAGAAUCCCACCAGUCGUGGGGGCAUCAGUGUGGGCAUCCCAUGAGCCAAGGCUAUGAGGGUCCUGGCUCUGCGUGUGGCUGUGCAGUAUGUUUGAAGGGCAGGUGCGAUCCCAAGAGGUCCCACAGCAUGGACUAUGGGCCUGCGGUGACCAGAACCUGCUGUGAAGAUAUUUCAAAGGAUGGUGAGGAAGAGAAUGGAUUGUAUAACAAUUUUGGAAAAUCUCUUCGCUCCUGGUUUUUCUCCAGGUCUUUGGAUGAAUCAACCCUGAAGAAGCAAACUGAAAGAACAGGAUCUAUGAAAAUCACAGAGGGUUGGGCCAAUAGCACUGUGUCCCGUCAGCCUUCCAGACAGCCCAGUUUAGACUUCCAUCCCCAGGACCCAUUGUCAACCAAAGGACCAAACUUAGAUGAGGUGUUUGUAGACACAUGUUCUCAAAGACACUUGUGCUGGCUGGGACAAACGGGCACUUCGGAGACCUUCAGUGGGCACCAGGGAGGAGACAGCAGGAGGAAGGAGGGUGCCGAUUUUCUGGACAUCACUGACACCAGAGACAGUCGGGCUGCAGGUAACGUCAGUGAUCCUUCUGCCAGAAAAUUAUUAAGGAGAGUUUCUGCAUUCCACUCUACAGAUUCCCAAUCAGAAGACCCAAGUUACGCAGAGGAGCAGGAGGCAGCUCCGGACUCCAGAGCCUUCAUGCGCUACUACCAUGUGUUCCGGGAAGGCGAGCUGUCUGGACUUCUGCAAGAGAGUGUGUCUGAGCUGCAGGUUCUGAGUUCUGGCAAUGACCAUGGCAACUGGUGUAUCAUCGCAGAGAAGAGGGUACGACAUGAUCUUUCGGCACUUUGACCUGAUCCUCUGAAUUGUUGAGUAAGCACAGAACGUGGAGCUUACUGCAUCCACCACAGGAUACGCCUGCUCAAAUGUCAAUACAAGGACUUGAGGGAGCAAUAGAAAAUGCACUUCAGUACAGGCUUGAUUUUAUUUCUCCCGGAGAUGAAUAUAUUAUAACACAUGUAUGUCAGAUGUCAGUAUUACCUUUUGGUUUUUAAAUAGUCUGCUGUUAAAUAUACCUUUUAGAAGCAGUAUUUUUUAUAUAGAUAAAUUAUAUUGGUUCUCAGGUCGUUCCUUAGAUCUAUGUGGACGGUAACAAGGACCCCUGCUCAGCUGCUGGGUAUGUAUUUUUUGAGCUUGCUGCAGGGGUAUCUUGCUUCCAGACUUUGCUUCUACCUACUUCAAGCCUUCAAGAGAAGCUGGUGUGGUGCAGAAGAACAGAAGUAUUGCCCAGGCUCUCCAAAUCACGUGCAAGCAUCCUUCUGGACGAUCAUCUUAAACAAUACUGUCUUUAGUGUUGCUCCAAAGGCCGUUAAAGGCGCUGUUGGCAGAGGGUGUGGCUUAGUGUUAGCACAGGCAGCUAGCAUGCUCAACAAUCAGCAUGCAUGCAAAAGAAAAAAAAAACCACUGCUAACAUGCAGAACAACACAGGGUUGGGAGACAGCCUAAGUCUUUUGAUGGCAUUUCCCCAAAGGUAUUAGAAGCAUAAAUACCCUACUGAGCUAGUGCUGAAACUAACCAAAGAGUUUUUGACUAGGAAAUGCUUGUCUGAGAUAUCUGAGAGUCUAAUUAGACCAGUUUUUCUGGGAAGAGCUCUGUAUUUAGCCUUGGUGGACACAAAGCUGGAAUUUGCUAUUGCAACCAGGCAUUUAUACUCUUGAAGGUGACCACAUUAGGUUUAUUUUAUCAAUGACCUAGACAGAAUCAAACUUAGAGGCUGAAUUUCUGGCACUCUAUAGAGCAAUGAUUAAGACCGGGCAUUGUAAAAUUGCUGUUUCUGUUUGGAUUUAACCAAGGGUUUGUUUAGUUCUGUGUCAUGGAUCCCAAGGAACAAUUUUUAUGACAUAAGUAGAGACUGGACUUGGGAGAAACAAAAAUAAGUCGGCCAAGGAAUGUGGUUCCAGAUCAUCCUUUAAUAGGUAGAAAAUCAAAUAGUCAUUGUACUUUCUGGACCAAUAUAACGAUGGGGAUUGAAUUAAAAUCCAAUCUUCAUUUUAUUAUUUUCCACUCCAAAAUUAACAGAAAUUAUAAUAGAUCACAUUCAUUUGGUCUUUACCCUCUUUAGUGAUUUUGCCAGAACUUAACAGAAUGAAGCUACUUUUGAGAAAAAUUCAAGGAUAAUUUUAGAAUGGCUUUGGGAAAUCCCCAAGGCUCUUUGCUCAAAACCCAGCUCACCUCACCCCCAUUGAGGAAGUCGGCCAUGCGAUUUGCACUUCUCAAUGUACAGGGAGCCAUGACGAUAGACAUAGAGUGAAGGGGAAAUUAAAAUUUAAGGGAGUGUGCCUUUCAUUUUUCAAAUUACAACAUUAAACUGCAAAUAAAGGUGGCUUCGUUGGAGAAAUGGCAACU